AUGGCAGGUGUCAGGUCACUAGUCUUGUGGCUGGCAUGGGGCUGGGGACUCUGUGCCCAGCAUGGCAGCACAGAGAACAUAUGGGAAAGGUUUGCCAAUCUGCCUUACCCUAAGGACAACCUUUUCCUCUAUGACACUUUCCCUCCAGGGUUCAUGUGGUCUGUGGGCACAGCUGCUUACCAGGUAGAGGGGGGCUGGCAGCAAGAUGGCAGAGCACCCUCCAUCUGGGACACUUACUGCCACAAAGAAGGACGAGCCACUGGAGAUGUGGCCAGUGACAGCUACAACAACCCAUUCAGGGACACAGAGGCUCUACAUAUCCUGGGGGUGACACAUUACAGGUUCUCCAUCUCUUGGUCUAGGUUGUUCCCUAAUGGGACAGAAUCUGGUGCCAGCCAGGCAGGGCACUCCUAUUACAGAGCACUCAUUGACAGGCUAAAGGACAGGGGCAUAGAACCCGUGGUCACCCUCUACCACUGGGAUUUACCCCAGAGGCUGCAGGAACUCUAUGGUGGAUGGCUCAAUGAGUCCAUGGUGGGCAUCUUCCAAGCCUAUGCUAAGGCGUGCUUCCAGCUCUUUGGAAAUGAUGUCAAGUACUGGAUUACUAUUGACAACCCUUAUGUGGUGGCAUGGCAUGGGUAUUCCACUGGCAAAUUACCCCCUGGCAUCAAAGGAGAUAAACUGCUGGGGUACAGAGCUGGACACAAUCUCAUUAAGGCUCAUGCAUCUGUGUGGCAUCUCUACAACAAAGAAUUCCGUUCCACGCAAAAAGGUCUGGUAUCAAUAGCACUGGCUUCUCAUUGGAUAGACCCAGACAAAGAUAACAUGUCAGAAGAUAACGUUCGUGAAUGUCGCAAGUCCCUAGAUUUUGUGUUAGGAUGGUUCGCAAUGCCAAUCUUUCUAGAUGGUGAUUAUCCUCCGUCAAUGAAGAGCAACCUUUCCUCCUUGCUGCCGGAGUUCACAGAGAAGGAGAAGAGGUUUAACAAAGGGACGGCUGAUUUCUUUGCCCUGUCUUUUGGACCGGCCUUAAGUUUCCAGUUGUUGGAUGUGGACAUGAUGUUCCGACAAACAGAAUCUCUUAACCUUCGCAAGCUCUUAUACUGGAUAACUAUGGAAUACAACAAACCGCCAAUAUUUAUUGUGGAGAAUGGCUGGCUCCUCGCCGAAAUCACAAAGCAAGAGGAUGCAAAGUUUAUGUAUUAUCUCAAGAAGUUUGUCAUGGAAACUUUAAAGGCCAUUAGGACAGAUGGAGUGAAUGUCAUUGGCUACACGGCCUGGUCUCUGAUGGAUGGAUUUGAGUGGCACAGAGGGUACCUGAUUCGCCGUGGAUUGUUUUAUGUGGAUUUUAGAAGUCACAACAAAAAGCUGCUCCCUAAAUCCUCGGCCUUAUUUUAUCAGCAGUUGAUUAGGAAAAAUGGAUUCCCUCCACAACAAGAAUAUCAGCUAAUUCAAGGAACCUUUCCCUGCAAUUUUGCAUGGGGAGUUACUGCAUGCAGAAUACACAUUGACACAAUGCCAUCUCAAUUCAAUGACCCAAGUGUCUAUAUAUGGGACAUGUAUAGGACGAAAGGUCUCACGAAAGUGGAUGGCGUCAAACUUCCUAAAAGAAAAAUCCAUUGUGCUGACUUUGCAUCUAUUAGGCUUCAGAUAUCCAUGCUACGUUCCAUGCACAUCUCCCACUUCUAUUUCGCCCUGGAAUGGACCUCUGUAAUUUCCAAAGAGAACAUUUCUCAAAUUAACCACACAAUUAUACACUACUACCGUUGUUUCCUCAGUGAACUUGUCCGUGUCAAUAUUACACCAGUAGUUGCUUUAUGGCAGUCUAUGGCUGAACACCAAGGAAUUCCUUUUGCUCUCUAUAAAAUGGGAGGGUGGGAGAACUUUACCACUGUCCAGGCAUUCCUAGAGUAUGCUAGGCUAUGUUUUAGAGAACUUGGCAAGUUUGUAAGCAUGUGGAUAACCAUGCAUGAGCCCCCGGUGAGAAAUCUCACCUCAAAAGCUGGGCACAACCUUUUGAAGGCCCAUGCGGCAGUUUGGCAUUUGUACGAUCGAGAAUUCAGAAAAUCACAGAAAGGGAUAAUCUCCCUGGCUCUUCACGCCGACUGGGUGGAACCAGCUUCUCCAUUUUCUAAGAAUGACAACAACACCAGUGAGAGGUUUUUAGAGUUUGAGAUUGGUCGGCUAGCAGAGCCAAUAUUUAACAAUGGGGACUAUCCUAAAAUAAUGCGCGAAUGGUACAGCCGAAGGAACAAUCAUAAUGUCUUUGACUUUCACUUGCCCACUUUUACAAAAGAAGAGAAGCGUAUGAUCCGAGGGACAUUUGACUUCUUUGCUUUGACUCAUUAUACAACAGAGCUUGUGCAUUGGGAGGUGGAGGACCUAGCCAGAUAUGACCAUGGCCUGGAGGUGCAAUUUAUUAUGGAUCGAACCUUUCUGCAGUCAGCACACAAUAACGCUGUUGUUCCAUGGGGACUGAGAAAAAUCUUAAACUGGGUAAAAUCCAAAUAUGGAGAUAUCCCAAUAUAUAUCCUAGCAAAUGGGAUUGAUGAUGGCCACUUAGAAGAUAAAUUACGGGUCUACUACAUGCAGCACUAUAUUAAUGAGGCCUUAAAAGCAACUCUAAUAGAUGGAGUGAAUCUCCGUGGAUACUUUGCUUAUGCUUUCACAGACAAGAUGGACCCUCAGUUUGGCUUGUUCAAAUAUGUAGCAAAUAAGUACGAGGCUAAAGAUUCCAAAAUCUUAUACAGAAAAAUCAUAGACAAUAAUGGCUUUCCAGCUGUUGAAGCCACACCUGCCCCCUGUCUAGAAGAGAUUUUUGAAUGUACAGACUGUCAUUUUUUUCAGACCAGAAAAUAUUUAUUAGCUUUUGUGGCUUUUAUUUGUUUUAUCUUCAUAGUCUCAGUCUUCAUGAUCACCUAUUAUUCAAAAAAGGGCAAAAAGCGAUAUAAAUAAACAAGGAAAUACCUCCGAUUAGGAAGAUGAAAGAUGAAUGUGGAUUUUGCGGAAGGCAGCAUCAUGGGGAAGC